AUGAAGUUUUUAAACAAGGAUCUCUAUUCUUUGCUCUUCACUGAGCUCGCACCUAACCAGGCCCGCUGCAACACCUGUCAAAAGGUAUACAAGAGCGGUAAUGGCUACACUAAGCAAGUUUAUCGUCUCCUGAAGCGUCAUCCUGACUACCAAGAGCUAGCUGUGGCUGCCUACCGCAAGGGCAACCGCUUUGGGCUCACGCUGCCAGACCAGCGGACUAGUGACGUGUUCCGCUAG